AUGCGCCGUGCGCUUUUUCUCUCUCUUGUUCCCAUGGUCCUGGGGUGUAAUAACCCCGCGAGUCAUGCCUGUGCUUCGGCGUAUACUGCAUCCAGCUCUGCGGCUGCCGCUUUUUGUGCUACGUUCACUGCUAGCACCGUGACUGCCACUACUGGCCUUCCAAGCUUUGCUUCUGCUUGUGAUUUCAAGACCCGGUCUCUCUCGAGUGCCUGCAGCUGCCUCGACACGGCUUGGGCUACUGCCGGGUCAGGACCUGGCGUGGCACCAGCCAGUGCGGUUACGACCAGCGCAAUUACUACCAGCACGGUAUCUGCCGUUCCAAGCGAGUCGCCCCUUAGCUCGAAGACUACCCUUGUGACGACCACCCGUCCGGUUUCCUCCACCUCGUCGAGUGACGUCCUGACCACGACUGAGGCGCCUACAACUACUCGGGUCUCCAGUGCUGUAGCCGCAUCCUCUACUGGAGAGGGAAAUACCUGCGUUGUGUCGGAAUACGCCUCCCUCUCUUCUGCUGUCGCAUCUUGCACCAAUAUCGUGCUGUCCAACCUUUAUGCCCCUCCCUCAAGCACUAUUGAUCUGCAGAGCCUUCAGACUGGCGCCACUGUGACGUUCGCGGGUACCACGACCUUUGGAGACACCUAUGAUAAUGACUUUGAUCCCAUUGUCGUCUCCGGACACGGUAUCACUAUCACCGGCGCCGAUGGCCACGUCAUCGAAGGCAACGGUGCUGCAUAUUGGGAUGGAGAGGGCUCCAACGGUGGGCAGGAUAAGCCCGACCACUUCUUCGUCGUCAAGAAGACCUACAAUUCCAAGAUCACCAAUUUGAAUAUCAUGAACUGGCCUGUCCACUGCUUUUCUAUCACUGGCAGCCAGCAGUUGACCAUUUCUGGUCUUGUUCUGAACAACACUGCCGGAGACGAGCCGAAUUCUGCUAGUGGUGAUGAUCCUGCCGCUCACAACAGUGACGGCUUCGACAUAUCGUCUAGCGACUACGUUACCCUAGAGAACAUUGAAGUUUACAACCAGGAUGACUGUGUUGCCGUUACUAGUGGGACUGAGAUUGUGGUGGACAACCUGUACUGCUCUGGAGGCCACGGCCUCAGCAUUGGAUCGGUUGGUGGCAAGAGCAACAACACCGUUGCUGGAGUCACUUUCAAGAACUCGCAGGUGGUGAACAGCGAGAACGGCUGCCGCAUCAAGUCCAAUGCCGACACGACUGGCAGUGUGAGCAAUAUUGUGUACCAGAAUAUUACUCUCUCUGGAAUCACCGACUACGGCAUCGACGUCCAACAGGACUACCUUAAUGGUGGCGCUACCGGCGACCCAACUAAUGGCGUCUCCAUCAGUGGUGUCACUUUCGAUAAUGUCAAGGGGACAGCGACCGACGAUGCCUACGACUACUACAUCCUCUGCGGUUCGGACAGCUGCUCGGACUUCACCUUCACGGAUGUUUCCAUCACUGGUGGCGGUGAGACUAGCAGCUGCAAUUAUCCUUCUAGCGGCUGCCCUUAA